AUGGCCUCUUUUGGAUAUUUCCUGUUUCUUUGUGGGUUGAGUCAGGCUCUGUCAAGUUACCCAAUCUGGUGGUAAGUCCUGGCCAUUGGUCACCAGUACUCGUCCCUGGGCACCCAGCCCAUCCUGUGUGGGAGCAUCCCGGGGCUGGUGCCCAAGCAGCUUCGCUUCUGCAGGAACUAUGUGGAGAUCAUGCCCAGCGUGGCAGAGGGGGUGAAGAUUGGCAUCCAGGAGUGCCAGCACCAGUUCCGAGGGAGGAGGUGGAACUGCACCACUGUCAACGACAGCUUGGCCAUCUUUGGGCCCGUGCUGGAUAAAGCCACCAGGGAGUCGGCCUUCGUCCACGCCAUCGCCUCCGCCGGGGUGGCAUUCGCUGUCACCAGGUCCUGUGCCGAGGGCUCGGCCACCAUCUGCGGGUGUGACACGCGCCACAAGGGCUCUCCUGGCGAGGGCUGGAAGUGGGGAGGCUGCAGUGAGGACGUGGAGUUCGGCAGCAUGGUGUCCCGGGAGUUCGCGGACGCGCGGGAGAACCGGCCCGACGCGCGCUCGGCCAUGAACCGGCACAACAACGAGGCUGGAAGGACGUCCAUCAUUGAGCUGAUGCACCUCAAGUGCAAGUGCCACGGGCUCUCGGGCAGCUGCGAGGUGAAGACCUGCUGGUGGUCCCAGCCCGACUUCAGGGUCAUCGGCGACUACCUCAAGGACAAGUACGACAGCGCGUCCGAGAUGGUGGUGGAGAAACACCGGGAAUCCCGCGGCUGGGUGGAGACCCUGCGGCCCAAAUACAACUUCUUCAAGGCCCCCACUGAGAAGGACCUGGUCUACUACGAGAACUCGCCAAACUUUUGCGAGCCCAACCCCGAGACAGGCUCCUUCGGGACCCGCGACAGGAUCUGCAACGUCACCUCCCACGGCAUCGACGGCUGUGACCUUCUGUGCUGCGGCCGCGGGCACAACACGAGGACUGAGAAAAGGAAAGAGAAGUGCCACUGUAUCUUCCACUGGUGCUGCUACGUCCGCUGCCAGGAGUGCAUACGAGUCUACGACGUCCACACGUGCAAAUAA